ACAGAUCAAGGGCUUAGUAGUGAUCAUCUGAAGUUGCCACCAGUGUGGAAAGUCCUACCUGGCUGAGUGGAGCAAUGGAUUGCAUUAUUAGCAGUUUGGCUCGGGCCGGUUGAUGUGCAUUCCUGCAAAAUUGAGCUAUCCACCUCCUCCUACCAAUUAUCCAGAUGAUUACCCUUCCAAUUCAAACAACUGGUGAGCAAAAUCCUUCGCUGCCCUCACACUCCAACAUGUCAUAUGGUCCAUGAAGUCAGUUAAUAUCUGACAGCUGCUGAAAUGUAAUCUAGGAGUUAAGUUGCUUAUUAAAGACUGGAUUAGUCUUUUUGCCAAGGCAAUGCAUAACACAUCUGAAACAUAUCUGACUUAGCAGUGGUUUGAUUAUGCUGAAGCACAGUUUCAGUUAUAUGCUUGUAUGCUACAUAAAUUGUCACACUUCUGUUUUUAACGUACAUUCAGGAGAUCACUGACUUUGUUUCUUCACUUACGUACUUAUUUAUUUAGCAUAAAACUCAUUAAUUCAAAUGCUCCAAACUUUGGUGUGUUUCUGUAAUUGUCAAAAAGACAGAGUAGGUCAUGUGUGGAACUUGUGGCGCUGUAUCAUUACAUGUUUGUCCAGGACAUAUUCUGUACAGGAUCCAAGCAGGAGAAUCCACACAGCUUAGCAUGUAUUGUAGCAAAUGGCAUUGCAGUGGUGAGGAUGAUGGAGGCACAUAUACAUAUGUAUUUGUUACCAUGGCAAAUGUUAUUCCGGAAAGGACUUUAACAUAAGAAAGAAAGUGCAAAAAGCCGAACAUGACUGCGCAUUUGUAAUGUUGAGCAUGAAUGGAAGAAGGAUUAUAUGUAUGUGUUAGUAUAGAACAGAAAAGGGUGGAGAGAUUUUGAUAAUUACUGAAAGGAACAUAAUCCACCCCCCACUUGUGCUCCCUGCCACCUCCUCUCUCUCUCUCUCUCUCUCUCUCUCUCUCUCUCUCUCUCUCUCUCUCUCUCUCUCUCUCUUCUCUCUGUCUCUUUCUGUCUCCCUUUCUCUCUCUUUCUCUGAGUCCCAGCCCCUGAAGGUGUCAUAACUGUGCUCUCUCUCUCUCUCUCUCUCUCUCUCUCUCACUCUCUAUCACCGCCUUUCAGAUCUUUAAAAGCUGGUGCUUUGCUGUGUCUCUCUCGAUCUCCAUUUGUCUCCUCUGGCACUGCAGGGGACUCAACCGGCAAAGCACCAAGGAAAGCUACUGUAUAGAAACGGGAAGAAGACUGAGGAAAGGGAAAGAGAGUGAAGGAGAAAUAUACAUCCAGAAAUAGCAUCAGCCACAUUUAAGUGACAGAGAGUGACAGAGUGGAGAACCUGAGACCUGGACAGAAAAUGCCUAUCCUUUCUAACUUAACAACCGUUGUUUUGUUGCUGAUUGCUCACUGCGGAUCAUGGACGGGGGCAAACCGCUUGGGCCCCUUCAAGGUCUGUCCCUCCUGCAGGGAUCCACUAGGGGCAGGUCGCCCCCCCAGGGACCAUAAUGUUGCUGGCAGCACGUCAGUGUUGGCCCAGGGAGAACCCUGUGGUGUGUACACCUUGAGCUGUGCCAAGGGGCUCCGCUGUGUUCCCCCACCAAGGGAGCACAGCCCCCUUCAGGCUCUGUUGCAGGGAAGGGGCAUUUGCGCCAAGCACAGCAGGACUAGUCCCACUGAGAGGCCCCACCCCACAGGUCCCCAUCCGUCACACGGUGGUGACAUUGAAAAAGCCCCCUGCCGCAAGCUGCUCAAUAGUGUCCUGAGGGGUCUCGAGCUGACAAUCUUCCAGUCGGACCGUGACAUCUAUAUACCCAACUGUGACACUCGUGGCUUCUACAGGAAAAAGCAGUGCCGCUCCUCCAAGGGCAUGCAGCGUGGCCACUGCUGGUGCGUGGAUGAACUCGGCACGCCCGUGCCCUCACGUGCCAGGGAGGAUGGCACUUUACCAUGCAAUGAGGAGUGAGGGAUGAGUCCGUCCUAUUGCUCCGAGCCUGGAGGAAGAGGAGGAGUAGGAGGAGGAGGAUGAGGAGGAGGAGGAAGAGGAGGUGGUGGUGGUGGAGAAGCAGGAGCACAGGGAGAGGAGGUGGCUUUAGCAUGUGCUAGACACUGCCUGGACAGGAGGUAGCAGGGAUAAACCACUUCCUAUGGAAAACACACACUAGUUAACGUUCAUGUCCGCUCUAGAAGCAAGACACACACACUCUCACAGUCCAGCAGCAGCAACAACAACAUCUGCCUGAAUGUUCAACAGUUGCAGCAACGUCCUCUGCGUCGUCCGGUGACAUGCUGCAUGCUCACAUUAAUGCUCCGUGAACUGCCUCAGUGAUCCAAAGCGGUAUUACUCCGAAUGAUCUCUAUAUUCCCUGGCUCUUGUCCUGGCUUUCUGGUAGAUUCUGAUUUCCCUUUUUACUUUAGGAUAGCUGACACUGCCUGUGUUUGUUCUGAUCUCAGUGGGCUGAAAUACUGUUACGCGGGUGAUGUGACACAAGUGUUUGAAAAAUGUGUCUCCCUCACCGUCCUCUCUCCCUCUCUCCAAAGAUACACUGAUAUCAACAUACCUAAUUGACAGAAUAUUUCUUAUUUCUAUUAAUUUAUUUUUGAGUAUGUGUUUCCAUCAAGUACUGCUUGAAUCUUACAGUAUCUUAUAUAUACAUAUAUAUAUAUAUAUAUAUAUAUAUAUAUAUAUAUAUAUAUAUAUAUAUGUCAAGUCAGAAAAAAUAGUCAUACGAAUAUGAUCCUGGAUGCUUCUGUUGAUUUUAUUUGUCAAAAUGGCGUUCUGACUGCUUAUUAGUUGAUUGUUUGUACAUAUGUUGGAAUUUUGUGGUCGACUGUGUGUUCUGAAGUGGCAGACAAAAAGCUUACGGCUGUUACCCUUUUCAAAAAGUUGUAAGGCAUAUUUUUAUACACGUCAAUAUAAUAUUUUAUAUAUGAAUUGCUGGUUUAUUUAAUGAACUACAGUACAAUGCCAUGUAUUUUUAUAUUGUCAGCAGUUUCUUAUUUAAAGACAGAGAUUAUUUUAUUUCAUGUUAGGGGAAGUGUCUUUAUGGAAAAACUCAUCACAUUCAUCAGAGCUCUAUUUAACUGCUGCACAUCUUAUGGUUAUAUCUCAUGUUUUUAAUUUCCUUUUUUAUUUAUGCUUUGUUUAUUUGAGAAUUGAGAAUGUCCAUGUUACGAUUAUGUUUUAUGUUUGGCACAUCAUACUACAAAUUCUGAUUUCAGUAGAGGGAAAAAAUGAUCCAAUUUGUUAUUGUAAUGUCUUUCCCAAGUCCUUGCAAAAGUCAUGAAAUUGUGUGCUAUUAAAGUGUGAUUAGAAUUUAUCUAUUUCUGAACAAUCUUGUUGUGCCAUUGUGUGUGCUGUGAUGAAAGGUCUAUGCACAAAGGACCUGUACGAUUUGCAAAUAUGAAAAUAAAACAUAAUUAUAAUAAAAAUGGAGAAGAAUUAAACAUAUAUUAAU